AUGUCGUUGAAACAAAGUAAACAUGAUUUGGAUGCUUUCCUGACGACGCUCGAGUCAAAAAUGCGAGCACCUUAUUCUUCGUUGGAUUUGGCCAAAAUCAUUGCGACACCCUCAUUGCGAGGAGCCCUGUCGAGUACCGAGUAUCUGCAGAACAUUUCCCAAGUGUUGGCUCGAACCGACAAAACGACGCAAUUGCGGACCCUGGUGGGAUUGCUAGGACUAGAACCAGGAACAGAGACGGAUUCCGAAGUCUACCAGAUUUUAUCGCAAGCACAAGACGAAGAUACCUACGAAGAGUGGGUCCGAAUCAUUGCAGGUCUUGCCCGUGGAAUUCUGUUUGUCGACGACAAUGGGGAAGGUACUCGAGAGAGCUGUCGUGGAGAGGAAUCGAGCGAAUUGUUGAACAGAACCUGCAAAGAAAUUGUCAGUCAAACUCGAGAAUUGGAAGAAGAAACUCAAACAGAAGAAGAGACGGCUGAUAUGUAUCCUCUCUUUGUUUCAUACCGAUACUACAUGCUAGGCCCAGAUUUGCUGGACCGUGUCAUUCCAGAACACAAGAAGAAUCCACACUUUGAGGUCAACGACAAGGCGGCUAUUCUGUCGAUGGACGACAACAUGGAAAAGGCAUGGGCCGAACAAGCGCAUGCUGCCAAACCAGUCAAACCUCCCGCAGCUCCAGCCGCGCAAAGCGGCACUGCUGGUACUGCCGCUGCUGUAGCACCCACUCUUCCUGGAUCGACUGCAACGGCUAAAAAGAAUGCAUCCAAAAUACAAAGAAAGAAAACUUCCAUGUUUAUGCCCAAAAAACGCGGAGGAAUGGGUGGAAGGGGAGGAGUAGGGCGUCCAGUUCCGGUCAAGGGUACCCUUCACACGCGCAAAGCAGGAGCUGCCCAAACCUUACUCGGCCAGCAACGAGGAAGGAUGGGAGGUAUGGGUGCUGUGCGAUCAGGAGCAAAUGCAUCAUCGGUCGGUGGAAGGGCGCAGCGAUUAGCCAACAACAAGUCCAAAAUGAAGUUGAUUGAUGUUUCAGAGGUACAGGGAUUGGGCAAACAGAACACAAAGCGAGACAACAGAUUUGGAAAGGCGGCGACCGUAGAGCAAAGGAGAGAAGCACGAAAACGAAAGAUUAUGGAAGCUGCCGCUGGAAAAGGUUUGGUAGGGCAAGAACUGCAAACUAUCCUGCGAGAACGCUCCAAUAAGCUGUCGGAUGAAGACCGGACACGAAUUGAGCAAUUCUUCAACGAACGAUACAACCCCACUCCAGAUCAGAUGUUGUACAAAAUGAAGCUUCACGAGGAGCGAAUGCAAGAUUCGAAGGAAACUUACUACUUGGAGCUGGACUAUUCAACCUUUACCUCCAAGCAAUCCAAGAAGACAAAGCGUUACUGA